UCUAAUGUCAAAUAGUUUGUAAACAUUUUGUUCAACAAGGUGACUCGAUCUUCGAAUUUUUUAGAUUUCAAGAAAUUAUUUCCAAAUUUGGAAGCACCCCUUACGUUGAUUUUAUUGUUAUAUGUUUGUUCUGCUUUAUAUUUUGAAUAAGUAUUUUAAGUUGUGAUUUGAGUUGAACUAAGGUUUUGAAAUUCGCUAUUGUCGUAAUACCUGGAUUUCCUGUUUCUGAUUUCUGGUGCCCAAUGCGUAACAUUCUGGCUUUAUAUCCCAGUAACGAGGUAUAUCACAAGUUAAUAAAAAGUAUUCGUUCAUUCAGGAAUCUGAGAAGAAACAGAGUAAUACAGACACAUCCGAGAAGCUUUUUGAAGAACUCUAGUAGUUUGGCAGUGUAAUUUUUUGAACAUCGAACCGUAUUUAAAUUAACACUUACUUUUCAUGAGACUUUCCUUCAUAAUUUUAACAUUGGAAGAGAAUCUUAAUAAGAGAAAGGCAUGAAAUUUUUAGAAAGCAGUCGAUUUGAAGCUAUAAAUUCUGCUCUGCGUUUUCAGACAGGAGACUGUAUAAUAAGUGGAAGAAUUGAGAGUUAUUCGUGCAAAAUGGCUGGCGAUCAUAAGAAACUUUUUAAGAUGAUGAAUGCAGAAAAUAGUGCCAAUGAUCUGCAGGCACUUUCACCUCCUCAAAGCAUGCUGAUGGUUGGAAGUCCUAGUAAAAACUACAGUCGUAGCCAAAGUGAUGAUGGAGAAGGACAAGGGCCAUUGUGUGAUACAAUAAAUCGCAAAACUUUGAGUUAUUUGAUUGCUACAUUAAAUGCUUCCUUUCAUCCAGAUUAUGAUUUUAGCCAUGCAAAAAGUGAAGAAUUUAGCCGUGAACACAGCCCAAGAUGGGUGAUGAAUGCUGUUGAUAGCAAUCUCAGUGCAAUAGCCAAUCAGGAUUAUGAAGCUCUGAAACCGCAAUUGUGGUCUGCUAUUGAUCAUGAAAUAUGCUUAUCGGAAUGUGAAAUAUAUAGCUACAAUCCAGAUUUGGAAUCUGAUCCAUAUGGAGAAGAUGGUUGUUUGUGGUCUUUCAAUUACUUUUUCUUCAAUAAACGUCUAAAAAGAAUUGUUUUCUUCACUUGUUAUGCAAUGGGAACUCCAUACUGUGCAAACAAAUCUGAGUUUGAUGAAGAAUUGAUGAUGGAAAUGGAUGAUACCUCUGAAUAGAGUUGCAAGUCAUGCGAAGAAGAACGUUUAGAUGAUACAUGGAAGACAGAGAUUAUUUGAAUGUUUUCUCAUAUGUAACAAAUAUUUUCAUUUAAAUACAUUGUGUUUCUGUUGUAAAUUAUAGUUGAUGACAGAAAAUAUUUUAAAAGCUAGCAGAAAAGUUCAUGAUACUGAAUUUACUUAAAUAUAUAUAUUUUGAGAAUUAUAUGUUUUGGUUCUAUGUAGCCUUAACUGUAUUGUUGUUUACAGUAAUUUUAAUGAAAUAUCCUAAUUAUGAAAACAUUUUUCCUUUUUAUAGAAUUGUUCCGAUAUGAAUAAAUUAAGUGAACGAAUACGCAAUCAAAUGAAAUAUUAAAAGUCCUGUUAUAAUGCAAAAUAAUUCUUCAGCAUUUACUUUAAAAAUGCUUAUUUUAUUCAUUUGUAACUUUUAACAUAUAUCUUUCUUAAUUAUCCUAGAUGAAUAGUUAUUCUUUUAAAUACUUUAAAAAACAAAUUUUUAAGAUGUAGCUAAAUAUUUUAUUUCAGAAAAGUAAAAUCUGGAGUAAGAGUUUAUCUUUUGUCUGUAUAAGAAAUAUUAAAAUAUAAAUAACAUACCAUAUAUUUCUGUGUAUAAACCGAGAAUGUUUGGAACUUUUAUCUAAAGCUACAUUACAGGAUUUGUUCCUGUAAUGUAGCUUUAGAUAAAAGUUCCAAAAUCUCGCAAGAAAUAUUUAUACAUUUUCCUUAGCCAGGCGCAAGACAUAAUUUGCCAAAUGUCACACUUUUUUAAUUCUGCAAGUUUAUGAAAAAAAUUCAUUUUAAAUGGAAUCAGUUAUGUUAUUUUUGAAAUUGUUUAUACUGAAGGUUUGUUCCAAAAAAAAAAAAAAAAAAAA